GGCGGAGCGGGGUGCCUAGGCGGGAAGGGGGCUCCCCGCUCCUGGCCGGCCCGUGAAGGCUCGCCCACGUCCUCCGGGGGUUCCCCAGGGUCGGCCUCCGGGGAAGUCCCGGGGUGCUCGGCUACAAGAGGGUUGCACCCCGCUCUGCAAGCCUGCAACGCCCAGCCAUGUCGCGCGGCCUCCGGAGCAGCGGCAGCAGCAGGCCCCCCGCUUCCCGGGGACACCCACUUCUUCUCCGGCUGGCUCUCUCUGCUCUCUGGCUUCCUCUUGCAGCCAGCAACCUGGCUUCGGGGGUGCGGGAGGUGACAGUGGCUUGUACUGAAGAUGUGGCCUUGCCCUGCACCGCACCCCGGGACCCUCAGGUGUCCUACACCGUCUCCUGGGCCAAGCUGGAGGAGGGUGGUGAGGAGAGGCUGGAGCCCAGGCAGGGAGCACUAUUCCAUGAGCAGCACCAGCAAGAAUCUGCAGAAUCUCCAUGGGAAAGUCAGUAUCUCCUACAGAUCAGAAAUGCUACAGCCAGAGAUUCAGGCACGUACCGCUGCACCUUGGAAGACAUCAAUGGGUCAGGAAACCACAGUGGCACAGUCACCUUAAAAGUGACAGGAUGCUCCAAGAGACACAGAGAAGAGAAUUUUAACAAGUAUAGAGCUGAUGUGGUUCUGCUGGUGAUGCUCGUCAUUUUCUACCUGACACUCAUCAUUUUCACAUGUAAAUUUGCACGGCAUCAGAGUAUUUUUCCAGAUUUUUCUAAACCAGGCAUGGAACAUGCUUUCCUCCCUGUCACCUCCUCAGCUAAGCAUUUGGAACCAGUGACACCCCUCAAGGUAGAACCAGUCUGAGAAAGAUUUUUGCCGGUGAUCGUCUGGUGU